AUGGGUGACGAAAACAAUACAUCGACUGAUGAAAAUCGCAAAUUACAAGAUAUCUUCUUGGAGGCAUGGAAUCAAUAUGAGUUUUUGGAUGAAACAACCAUCGAUACGAAUAGUGCCGAAUAUCAAAAUAAAGUAAAGGAUGGCAUUAAAAAUUUCGAAUUGGCUACGAAAAUUGUUAGCCAAAUUAAUAUGUUUAGUACCAAUGAAUUUAUCGAUGAGGUACCAACAGAAUCACUGCAAUAUUUGCUGUUACCAUUUUUCCUCGGCAAGUUAACAUUGAAAUGUUACAAAGAGGAACGCGGUGAAGUUUUGGGAAAGGCUGAGGUAUAUUUCAAAGACUUCCUACAACGUUGUCAAAAUUAUGAAUUAUGUGAUGGUCCGAAAAUGUCAAAUGACGAGGAGAAUUCUCAACAAAGCGGUUGUAUAGAUACAACCCAACAAUUGGUAGCAUCCGCUGUGGCACGCAACAACAAAAUUGCCCAGUUCAGGAGAAAAAAGGAAUUAGAAGAACAAAUCAAGAAAAUGCGUGUUGCCGUUCGCUGUGAAAAUGUCGAUGAUGAAAUUAAGCGGAAUUUCUUUCUAAACUUCAUACAAAAAAGUAUUAUCGAAACUAAUGAAGAGUUGCAGGAUAUAAAAUUGGAAAAGGGUGUUGUGGAAAUGCGCAAACAACGUAUGGCUGAAUUUGGCACAACACGUAUGGAUGAUAUUUUACCACCCGGCAGUGUAAUAGGUCCUGGUGUAUCAGCUGGCAUGGGACCCAGUGGUCAUUCACAUAACCACGGUCAUGGACACAGUCACCAUCAUCAUCAUGGUGCAGCUCCUAAACCAAAACCCAUGCAACCAUUUAUUAUUACAAAAGAUGCUGCACAAAAGGCCGUGUUUGGUAUGGGUUAUCCCAGUUUGCCGGUUAUGUCCGUUGAUGAAUUCUAUCAGCAACGUGUUGAUGAGGGUGUUUUUCCCGAUGAAGAAAAAAUGGCUCGUAUAAAUGCAGAAAAGGCAUUGGCCGCCGCCCAAGAUCCCGAAGAAAAAGAGGAGGAAGAAAAGGCCGCCAUGGAGGAGAAAAUCGAAAAUGAUGAUCCAGAAAAUUUGGCACGUAUGCGUCGUAUGGAUGAAUAUCGGGACGUGGUUAGACGUGGUGAUGGCAAUCGUCAUAAUCGCAGUUAAAUUUU